AUGAAUGACCUCCGCGUCAAAGGCAAGGCUCGGGCGGUGUCUGACGAUGGGACCGAGAAACCCACCCUCCCUUUUGCCGACGCUCCUUUACCUGCUGCGCCGCCUGCUCGCAAGGCUGACAAAGUCGACAAAUACUUUGAACGUGCUCCAGGAGUCCCUCGGAUCAACCGUCAUACUGGCUGGGAGAGAUCUCUCUCGACGGUCUUAAAAAUUUGGUUCAGUCAGAAACAAGCCAAGUACACCGGCUCAAUCCAUUCCGACGCACGGGUUUGGUUGUCGGAUCUUCAGCUGUCUCUCGAGAUGAUCCAUGCUCAUCCAUUGUUGUGGCACACUGUUGGUUUCAACAUGCUCGAUGGAUGGGCUUUAGACAAAUUGAAGGUGGCCCGCGAAGACAACAAUGAACCUCAGAACUGGCCAGCAUUCAAGGCCUGGCUUACCAAAGACAAACCCCCUCGCGAUGAACAAACGGUCUGUUGCCCGCGCUUGAAAGCAGCUUCGCCAGGGUCCAAACAAAACCCUUGA